AUGGAAACGCAAAACAGGAGUUCUGCUUUCGAAGAAGAGUUGAGAGGGAAGCGACGAGCGUCGUCAGAUGAGUGGACGGCAAACAAGAAGCGAGCUUUAAGCUCAGCGUCAGGUUCGCCGAUUGUUGCAAACGGUCCUUUGGAUGACGAACAGAAGCCUUCGACAAACAAUGGUUCCAGAGAGAAUGACCCAGAAACAGAGGACGACCUUGAGCGAUUCCGAAAAGGAGCGAUUUUUCGGAGAAUGCGGCAUUAUCGAAGAGAGACUAUCCGAGCUUUUGAACGCAUACAACAUUUGGAAGAGUCGUUACGACUUUCAAAUUUGGAACGUAUUAGUGCUGAGUCGUGUUGGUCCAAUACGAUGGCAGCACUGCGAACAUUAACACAGGCAGACAUGGCCAUGGAAAACCCCGCACAUAACCUCUCUUCCAACUUCCCAUCGCGUGUAUUCGCACCGGAAGAUUUCAAAAGGUCUAAACGCUCAUGGGAUGAGAGAUUUAAGGCUGCGGAGCAGGCCGUGGAUGUUAUUGCUAACUUUGCGGGAAAAGUUGACGGGCCGAAGGCAGAAGAGUUAGUGGCUGAGUGUCACAGCCUCCAACGAUCCAAUUCGUUCUUGACAGCGGAGGCCGAGCAGACGCAUGCUUUGUUAGAGGAUAGUCGACGGGAGCGUGAUCACUACUUAGAGGAAUUGCGCGCUACUGAAGCUAAGCUCGACCGUUUACAAAGCCGAAUAGUCAAUCCACAACCGGAGCACGAGUCAGAAUCCCCUGUACCAGUAAAGGUGAACGGCGAUGUCAAGGCGGAAGAGGAGCGGGAUAGCGUUGGAGUAAAGGAGGGCACUCCGUCAGUUGCAUUACCACCUGUCAUUUCUAUAAGCGAAUCCCGACCUGACGAGGAAUGGGAAGCUCGCUUAAAGCUCAGAGACGAUAGGUUAGCAUAUCUUGAAAGGGAAAACGCUGCUCUUAGAGAUAGGCUUGUCUUGGCGGAUUCGGAGAUCAAUCUUCUUGGUGAAAGCACGAUUACUAAAACGCCUACAUACCGAGUCCUUCUUGAGUAUGCGUCAAAGCUAGACUCCCAGUCGAAGGAACAGAUUAAACAACUGGCGAUGGCGAGGGAAGAAGCAAACCAGCUACGCCAGAUUCAGACAGGCUGGUUGUCAGAAAUACAGUCCGACGAUGCUAAUGGAUCCUCGGACCUGAAAAUCAUACUGAAAAAGCGAGACGAUGACUUGAAUCGAAUUCGUCUGCAUAGAGACCAGUUGGAGACCCAGUACAAGGAGUUGAAGGCAACCCAAGAUACAAAACGCUUAUCCUUAAGUAAAUUCAAGGAGCUGGCUGAAUCUCGAGCAGAACGCAUCGAACUUCUGUUGUCAGAAGUCAAAAGAUUGAAGGCUCGUCUGGCUGCUUCAUCAGGGAAUGAAGAUCUUCUAAACUUCCUACUAAAUGAUGCAAAUAUCAACGCCGACUAUGUCGAGAGCCUGAGGAAGCGUUUAACGGCCUCUGAAGAAGAGCUUGCAAGUUUGCGAGCAACUCUGAAUUACAAGAAUAAGGACCUAGUCGACAUCGCGAUUCUUCGAGGAAAGCUAAACUCAGUUACACAACAGCUUGAGGCGUAUAAGUCACGUGCCGAAAGCAGUCUGGUAGAGCAGCUUCAGGCAAAGGAAGAGGAGCUACGCUUAAUGAAGCUCAAGGAAACACAAUCUACUCAGGAAAUGAACGAGCUAUUUUCAGAGAUGGAUCGGUUAUCCAAGGCCUGGGAAAAUGCAGACAAAAUGGCUCAAUCGCAGGCAAUGUCAUUGGAGAAAUGGGAAGAAGAGAAGGAGAAGCUCUUACUAGCGAAACAAAAAUCCGACAACAAGUAUUACAAAGCGAUGAACGAGUCUGAGGCAAAGGAUGGCGAACGCAAACAAGCUCUUCGAAAUGUAGAAAGACAAACGAAGCAGAUUGAAGCGUUAGAGAGGAACGAAAAGGAGCUCUUAGCCAUAAAUGAAUCUCUUUCAUCGGAGCUUGCGAAAGCAAAACAACUAAUCUCGACAUUGCAAAAUGCUGUUGAUCUUGCAGAAAGGAGCUUGAGUAGUUACAAAGGUUAUUGGGAAGAGGAAGGGAUGCGGGUCUCACAGCUUCAAGAACAAUCGCUGAAACGCGAGCAAGAGGUUGCUGAACUCAAUAUGCAGACCGUGAAGCUAAAGGAUGAACUUCUGAAGGCGACCAAGGAAGCAGAGAGAGCAGUUCAGAAGGCGAAGUCCGUAAAUAAGCCGCUUGCACCUGCUUCUGAACGGGAGGCAGAUUUGCAGAGAGAAGUAGAUAAGUGUUUGAAACUCUUGAAGUGUUCGUUAUGCCAGAAUCAUAUGCGUAAUACUGUUAUCACGAAGUGCAUGCACACUUUCUGCAAAGUUUGCGUUGAUGCUCGGAUAUCAAGUCGACAACGCAAGUGUCCUGCAUGCAAUUUGGCCUUCGCAUUGUCGGAGGUGCAGGCCUUGUACUUACAAUGA